UGAUUAGGGUUUCCGACUACUUUAGUCAAUCCCAUGUUUUCAGUUCUUGCUAGCAAUACCAUGGCCCACUUAUCUGAAGGGCUCGCUGUUACUGUUGUAGUACUAGCAACUUCAUGCUACUUAUGCUACGUGUGGCUGAUCAAGAAACCAACGAAGGGGAUGGCCCCACUACCGCCGGGACCGCCCGCCUUGCCCUUCAUCGGCAACAUCCUAUCUCUCAGACCUGAUCUCCACCGUCACUUCGCCGAGCUAGCUUCGACCUAUGGCCCGAUCAUGAAACUGCAACUUGGCAGCAAGCUCUGCGUUGUGGUGAGUUCCGCGUCGGUAGCUAAGGAAGUCAUGAGAGACCAUGAUCCCAUUUUCGCCAACCGCUACGAGACUGUGGCGGCAAAGCUCUUCUUUUAUAAUGGUAUGGAAAUAUCUUUGAAUUCUUACAGUCCCGAAUGGCGCUUGCUGCGGAAGGUGUUUGUUCGGGAACUAUUGAGCACAACAGUGUUUGAAUCUUACUACAAUCUCCGUCGGGGUGAGGUCCGGCAGAUGGUGAGUGAUGUUUAUAAAAAAAUCGGGUCGCCUAUCAGAAUCCGUGAUCAGACGUUCAUGACGGUAGUGAACACGGUGCGGGGAAUGUUGUGGGGUGGCGCGCUGGAAGGGGAGGAGAGGACUAGGGCAGCAGCCCAGUUUCAGCAUUUAAUGGAGGGAUCUUUUGAGCUGUUGGGAGAAACCAAUGUUUCGGAUCUUUUUCCGGGUAUUGCUUGGUUGGAUUUGCAAGGGGUGAAACGGAAGAUGAAGAGAUUCGUAUCGUCGUUAGAUCAGAUUCUGGAGUCUCAGAUAGAUCAACGGUUGAAAAUGAAUAGGGGGGAUGGAGAAGUGAAUGGAAAGAAGAAAGAAAGUAAAGAUUUCCUGGAGUCGGUUCUGCCGCUGAUGGAGGGAGGAGACCCCAAUACACGUCUGACCAUGACCCAAGUCAAGGGCUUGCUUUUGGACGCGCUGGUGGCCUCAACUGAUACAGAGUCCUUGGCUGUCGAGUGGGCCAUGGCUGAAAUGAUGCAGCAUCCAGAGGUCAUGAGAAAGAUUCAGGUGGAAUUAGAGAAAGUGGUGGGCACAAAUAACACAGUAGAAGAGUCCCAUUUGCCUAAACUGUGUUAUUUAGAAGCAGUCUUGAAGGAAGUCUUACGUGUGCAUCCGGUAGCCCCCUUCUUACUCAACCGUCGUCCAAGCCAAUCGUGCACCAUCAGUGGUUAUACGGUCCCCAAAGGGACCCAAAUCAUCAUCAAUGCAUGGGCUAUACACAGGGACCCUGAGACUUGGGUGGACCCUUUAGAGUUUCGGCCCGAGAGGUUCCUGGACCCAACCCGUAAAUGGGAUUACAGUGGCAAUGAUUUCUGUUAUAUACCGUUUGGGUCUGGGAGGAGGAUAUGUGCGGGGAUAUCUUUAGCAGAGAAGACAAUGAUGCACGUACUCGCUUCACUGCUGCACUCAUUCGAGUGGCGAUUGCCAGAGGGUACAAAGCUCGAUCUUGCGGACAAAUUCGGGCUCGUUCUAAGUAAGGCGAUGCCGCUCGUUGCUGUCCCCACUCCAAGAUUAUCCAAUCCAGACCUCUACUAUUAGGAAAUAAUAGAGGUUUGCCUGUCGGAGCCGUACAUGUCCACAUGCAGGUACUAGUAUUGCCACGUGGAAUUUGUAUGAGAUCUGAUCUUUCCAUCAGGUGAGCUAUACUGUUUAGAUCGUCUGGCCUAAAAAUUAGGCCAUUUCACACCUCAAGUGGCCACAGCAUAUUAAGAUAAAUGAAUUGUUAGAAAAGAAAAUUUUACUUUGUACUUUGUGGCCCUGCUGAAGAGUGAAAUUGUCUGAAUUUUUUAGUUAGAAGAUUUAAGCAUUACUUGGAUGUUCAUGGAAAGCUCAUAUCUCACACAGGUAGGUUGUAUUUACAUGUGUAGUCGUGUAGGGACGUGUGUGGAUCUACAUAUAUGCGUCGUGGAGUUUGCAUACCUCAUACUAUUUUCACUAGAUAUAGUUUUACCUUUUGUUUUACCGUGGUGAUCUUGUUUCAUGUAUGAGCUGCUAAACUUGUACUUUGUCGUUGUGUAAUGUGUAAUAAAAACAAAAAUGUGCUA